CAGUGGAGCUGGGCCAGGCAACUGUUUCUCGUCUGACACAUACACACAUUUAAAGACACUUGCCAUCCGCUGCAGGAGCCAUAAGGACAUGCAGACCUAAAAGCAACCCAGGACGAACAGAAGGAGCGGGAGCGUUGCGGCUGCUCGGGAAUGUCCGAGGUGCCACCCUGAGCGGAGAAUGAAGCGCAAGAGCGAGAGGAGACGAGCAGAGUCGAGGAAAAAGCGUUCUGCAGCUCAGCAAAGCCCGGGGGCGGAGCUUAGCUCGGAUAUUUACAUUGAGAUUUCAGAUCAACUCUAUUUCGCCAUACUCAGGCAACGGACCAAGACCACAGCCGAGCGACACUGUUUCUGCAUAGAUGAAGAGCUGGCGUAUGAAAACUUCUAUGCGGACUUUGGCCCCCUGAACCUGGCUAUGUUUUAUCGCUUCUGUUGCAAGCUGACAAAGAAGCUCAAGUCGUUCACCAUUUCAAGAAAGAAGAUCAUAUUUUAUACCUGUGGAGAUCAGAAGAAACAAGCCAAUGCUGCCUAUCUAAUAGGAUCCUAUGCAGUGAUGCACCUUAACAUGACACCAGAGGAGGCCUAUAAUCUUCUGGUUUCAAAGAACACCACUUAUCUUCCAUUCCGAGAUGCUUCCUUUGGGACUUGCACGUACAAUCUAAGCAUCCUCGAUUGCCUUCGAGCUGUUCACAAGGGUCUGCAGUUUGGCUGGCUCAACUUCUCCAACUUUGACGUGGAGGAGUACGAGCACUACGAAAGAGCAGAAAAUGGGGAUUUCAACUGGAUUAUUCCAGGGAAGUUCCUGGCAUUCAGCGGUCCUCAUCCCAAAAGCAAAAUAGAAAAUGGGUACCCACUGCAUGCUCCGGAGGCAUACAUCCCUUAUUUUAGGAAACACAACAUCACCAGUAUCAUCCGUCUCAACAAGAAGAUGUAUGACGCCAGGCGAUUCACUGACUCUGGCUUUGAACACCAUGACCUGUUUUUCGUUGAUGGGAGCACGCCAAACGACAGCAUCGUCAAAAAGUUCCUAAAUAUCUGUGAAAAUGCAGAUGGCGCCAUCGCAGUUCACUGCAAAGCUGGUUUGGGCCGAACUGGCACCCUGAUUGGAUGUUACAUGAUGAAGCACUACCGCCUGUCGGCUGCCGAGGUCAUUGCUUGGAUACGUAUCUGCCGACCGGGGUCCAUCAUUGGACCUCAACAGAACUUUGUGGAAGAGAAGCAGAACGGCCUGUGGGCUGAAGGAGAUAUCUUCCGCAAGAAGAUGCUGAAAGAACGGGAUCAUGGUAAAGUGGCUGUCACCAGAAUCUUGUCUGGAGUGGACGACAUCACCAUCAACGGUAGAAACAAGAACACUGUUUGCAGCCCGGAAGAAAUAGAACUGUACAACGACGAAGAGGAGCGAAAUGGCUUGACGCAGGGGGAUGAACUUCGAGCGUUGAAGAGCAAGAGGCAAUCCAGGUGUUCCGGCUCUCUUUCACAAGAAGAGAACAAGAUUCACACGAGGUCAUCGUCUCAGUCGCCCAACAGGGUGGUUCUGCAGGCCAGCAGUCAGACUUGUAAGGCCAGCAUGAACACGCUGGCUCUGUCUGACCACGCAGAUGGCAGGAAGAGGACCAGAACCUCGAUGCCGACAAAUGGAGUCUCCGGAAGCUCCCUGCGUGGCACCAGGCUGGUCAGGUCUCUAGGAAACUUGAAUGUAGUGGCUGGCGACAGAGACCCCAAGGGUUGUGACCCGGUCAACACAUGCGCUCUCAUCAACUUAAAUAUGGCAGCCCAGGCAAGAUCCCUGAGAGCCACAACGCACAGUCUCCAGAGGACGUAAAGCUCGCAGCACUUUGCAAUCAAUGCGGUUUUCCAAGCUCUGUCACUCCAUACCCAAAGCUAGAGCUCCUCUGCUUCGUUGAGCCGCUGGACCUGGAGGAUCUUCAUGUGUUCUUUAAUACAACAAAAGAAAGUAUUGAGUGUUUUUUUUUUAAUCCAGGAGGCACUUUGCUUUUUCUACUUUUAAACCUCUUAAAUGAUAAAACUGUUGCCUGGCUAUUCCCAAAUAUAGUGCAUGUGGUAGUAGUUACCAUGGGAGCAGUAUAUGAAUGUGUUAAACACUGUGCAGCACAUGAUCCACUUUUUACUGUUGACUUCUUAAUCAGUGACGUGGCAGAUGAUGAGCAUUUUUAACGUUUAUAUUUCCAUUCUUAACAUUUAUUUUUUAGCUCCUGUGUCUUAAGACUGUAAAUAUGUCGACAUUUCAUAUACUCUGUAUUUUGUUAAUAUUUUGUACCACAUUUUAAUCCUGUGAAAAAGGGUCCUAACGGGGCCCGGUGUGAUUGGUGAUGUGAAAUCUGGAUUGACUCAUAAUAAAAAUGUAAUUACAACUAGAUUUGGUGUC